AGGAAGCGGGAACUCGUACCUUUCUUUGCUUUCAUUUGUUCGAGCACCUCUCUCUCUCUCUCUCUCUCUUCUGCUCGAGAUCUGCGUCUCUCUUCCGUCUUCUCUAAGCUUCGCCGGCGAAGGCCUUGUUCCUCGUACUUCAUCACUACCAGUUAUGGCCCCACCCAUUGAGACUCCCCACAACAUUCCUGGCUCCAAGCGUGCCUCGCAUCCGCCUCUAAAUGAGAGGAUUCUUUCAUCCAUGUCCAGGAGAUCUGUCGCUGCACAUCCUUGGCACGAUCUCGAGAUAGGGCCUGGUGCUCCAGAAGUUUUCAACUGUGUUGUUGAAAUAGGAAAGGGAAGCAAAGUGAAAUACGAACUUGACAAAAAAACUGGUUUGAUUAAGGUUGAUCGUGUUCUUUACUCGUCAGUUGUGUACCCUCACAACUAUGGCUUCAUCCCUCGCACUCUUUGUGAGGAUAACGACCCCAUGGAUGUACUCAUCAUUAUGCAGGAGCCAGUUCUUCCAGGAUGCUUUCUUCGGGCUAAAGCUAUUGGCCUGAUGCCCAUGAUUGAUCAGGGUGAGAAAGAUGACAAGAUAAUUGCUGUUUGUGCCGAUGAUCCUGAGUACCGUCACUACAAUGACAUCAAAGAGCUGCCGCCACAUCGUUUGGCUGAGAUCCGCCGCUUCUUUGAAGACUACAAGAAAAAUGAGAACAAGGAAGUCGCGGUUAACGACUUUCUACCGGCCUCUACUGCCUAUGAAGCUAUCCGACAUUCCAUGAAUCUGUACGCAGACUACAUAGUGGAGAACCUGAGGCGGUAGAUGGAGCAAGAGAUAUGCUGUCGUUCGGAGAAUACAGCUAUUACAUAUGUUGUCGUUUUAUUGUAACCAAAACAAAAUGGAAAACACUGUCGUAUAGCAUAUACACGGAUUAUCUCAAUUCUCAACCCUUGGUAGUUAUACUCCCACGACUUACUAGAAAUUAUAUAGCAAUAAAUGUUUAAAGGUUCUUAUAUUUUUCCUUUUUUUUUUCUUCUUUUGAAGAUUAUUUUCCCUGGGUUUGUGAUUUUC